ACAGUGUAUAAAUAGAGGAACUCCCAGCUCCCUUCUCUACCCGCUAACCAGCAAGCUCCGAGCUCAAACCGGCACUUGGGAUAAUGGCACCUAGUGCUCUCUCCCUGGAAAUCCUAACACCGAAAGAGAAAAACAGACUCAGGAAACCCAUUGUAGAGAAACUGCGCCGCGACCGGAUUAACAGCAGCAUCGAGCAGCUGAAAGUGCUCCUGGAGAAGGAGUUUCAGAGACACCAGCCCAACUCCAAGCUGGAGAAAGCAGACAUCCUGGAGAUGACCGUGAGCUACCUGAAAUACAGCCGAGCUUUUGCAGCCUCUGCCAAAAGCCAGCAGCAGGAUUAUUGCGAAGGCUACACUUGGUGCCUCAAGGAAGCUCUGCAAUUCCUGUCUCUCCAUUCAGCGAGCACAGAAACCCGAAUGAAGCUGAUCUGCCAUUUCCAGAGGUCACAAGCUGUGCCAAAGGACACAAGUUCUUCUUCUGCACCCACUUCCACCCACCAGCCCCCUGCAAAACAAGCAGCAGCGAAACCCUCCUGCAGCCUCUGGAGGCCUUGGUAGGCCAAGAGAAUGCUGAUGUGUGUCCUGGACAUUUGCUUGUACUCCAGAGGAGAUUGUGACUUCCUAUACAAGUCUCCCCCUCCUCUCAUAAGUAGGGAAGAAUGUUUUCCUUUUGCAGAGCAUUACUAUGCUCGGAUGGCUGUUUCCCUUCUUCCAGAAGGACUGAAAAGAUCCCACCACGUGGAGAAAAAGUUAUUCUAAAAGAAUGCGAGACGUAAUCCUCUGGCUAGGAUGACUGAGAGGAGUUGUUCAGAAAGGAACACCGACUGUUCUUAACCUUAGUAAGGUUGUACAUGUACAUCUAUUGAGAAAGCAGUGACUUCUGAGGUGUUCAGGCUGCCAUUUUCAAAUGUGUCAAUUUAGGAGGAGCCCUUUCCUCUGAUCUGCCCCAUUUGAGACUCCGGUGUCCUAUGCUAUCCCCAGCUGCAGCUGGAAGGGCCCAAGGAGUCUCAAGCAGAGCAGCUAGUCUAACCAGGCACGCUUGAAAACCUGGCUUUCCUACAGGUGCUAUAAAGGGUUCUAUAAUAUUUAUAGACAGUACUGAGCAUGCUCUGAAAAUGGUUAAACCAUAACGUAGAGGAAAUUCCUCAGGAUGUCUUGCUCACAAAAGUAGAGUUCUGUUUGUGAGGUUCAGGAUAUGUAUGCCUUUUAUAAAGGCAAAAGCUCAUUUUUAUAUCCUUAUAGGAAAGAAAGUUACGGCUAUGUUGUCGAUUUUACAGGUAAUAUUUAUCAAAGUCUUUCAUGAAAGGCAAGUGUACAAAUUAUAUUUACUCUUUGGUACCUUCCCACCAGGGGAGAAUACGAGUUCCUGACUGUCCUUGAAGGAUGCUAUGACAUGUUGUGUGUGAACUGCACCUACUGUAUAACCUGUGCCAGAAAUUACCUUAAUCUUCUGAAAUCACAGAAACUUAACAGUGCAAAAAUAAAUAAACAUCUA